AUGGUUGUGCAUUCUCUAAACAAGGAAUGGUCAUAGAUAAGAUCAUAAAUCUUGAGAGCCUCUACACAAAUGGGAACUGACCAUUCACCUGGCGAAGGCUUCCAAAAAAGCUGGUCCAGUUUUCAAUCUUGGAUAUGUUGGGUGCCCUGAUAGAUCCUGAAAAACCUUGUACAAUAUGUGAUAAACCUCCUUGCUAGGAUAUGCAUGUUAUAGGAAAAAAAAAGGAAUAUGGUUCUGGAGUUCACUUUUAUUUUGGUGGAAAGCAAAAAAGAAGCAGGUUGUACCUCAAAUUGAAAAGUUGAAGAGCAAAUAAAAAUUUCACAUUCCUGCAAUGGCUAGUCAAGUUCAUCAAGACCAUGUUACAAGUAGGAUUCUUUUCUUAAUAGCUUUCUUGUGCUAUAGAUUUGUUGAUGGAACAAGGAUUUCAAAUUCCAUCCAUGAAUACGCUAAACAGAGUGAGGAUGGUGAUGUAAUUGAGUGUGUUGAUAUCUAUUAACAACCAGCUUUUAGUCAUCCACUUCUCAAAAAUCAUAUUAUACAGAUGAGACCCAGUUCAUAUCCAAAUGGACUAAAAGCAGGAAACAGUACAGAGCUUUUACAAGAGAAGGGAAUGUGUCCUGAAGGAACAAUACCAAUCGCAAGAACACAUCUAUUUAGACACCCCAAAACUAGCCCAGUUCUUCUAAAUAGGACAAAUGCAUUUAGCCCCCCAGUUCAUGAGUAUGCCCAAGUCUCUCUGGAAAGUGGCUAUUACUAUGGGGCACAUGCAAAACUUAACGUAUGGAACCCAGCAAAAGCUAAUGACGGGGAAUUUAGUUUAUCUCAAAUAUGGGUUCUGUCAGGUUUGGACCAAGAUCUUAACUCCAUUGAGGCUGGCUGGCAAGUUUUUCCCGGUGAUAAUAAACCAAGAACUUUCAUUUAUUGGACAAGAGAUAAUUACGGACAAACAGGUUGCUACGAUCUUGUAUGCCCUGGUUUUGUACAAACCAGCAGUAAGCUCGCAUUAGGUACUCCGAUAAGGCCAGUCUCCAUCUACGAUGGCAACCAAUAUGAUAGAGACAUAGCUGUACAUAAGGAUAGAGAAAGUGGGAACUGGUGGCUACAAAUUAGAGGCCAAGAUAUAGGGUACUGGCCCUCUUCGAUUUUCACUACUCUGGCUGAAAGUGCAACACGGAUAAAUUGGGGUGGAGAGAUAGUGAAUUAUGGAUUGAAUGGUCGCCAUACCUCUACACAAAUGGGAAGUGGCCAUUUCCCUAGUGAAGGUUACAAAAAAGCUGCUGUACUCUUCAAACUUGGUUACAUUGACGAUUCCGGUGUCCUGAGAGAUCCUGAUGGCCUCGAACCAUAUAUAACGAAAUCUUCCUGCUAUGAUCUGCAAUUUGGAGAAAUGGGUUUGACAUUAUUCCAAGAGAAUCCAGACAAACUCUAGUUCCUCCCAUUGUGUAACUUCAAGGAACUGAAUCUUCAAUCAUAUAUCCAGACAAGAGUUAUCCCAUUGCUGAACUUGUUGAUCCUAUGCCCUGGACAUCUCCAUAUCCAGAGAGUGCAACAAUAGAUAUUUUGAUAAUAUAAGACUGGGUCACUAUGCACUUGCAAUUCUUUAAGGUCUGAAAUGUUCUGAGCUUAUGACAAUAUCAAGACUGAAUCCCAGUGCACUUGCAAGUUGCAUCAUAUGUAAUCAUGCAUUAUGAUGGGGACUGAUCCUGUAUUUCAUUGACAGAAAUAUGAUCUUGUCAUGCUUUGGCUUUUACAGUUAUAUACUGCAAAUUAACAUGGCAUUCGCAACGCCAGCUCAGAUCCCAGAAUAAUGUGUAAGCUGUGAUUUUCUAUUUCAUUUCAUUUAUUAUUUACUUAGUUAUUUAUUUAGUGAGGAUGAGCAUGCCACCGACAUCCUUAAUUCAUAUAUAACAAGGAUUUCCAGUUAUUGCUAUCUGAUAAUUUUACAUUUUUCUCGUUUUCUUGUCAUUGGA